UCCUGGUUAGUAUCUCCUCACUGGUAAAUAUGACAGCAAAAGAGUUUCAAGAUCGGUUCAAGUGUUCCGUGUGUCUGGAUAUCCUCAAAGAGCCGGUCUCAAUCCCAUGUGGACACAACUACUGCAAGCGAUGUAUUGAAGAUUACUGGGAUACGGCUGAGGUGUCCUGCUGCCCUCAGUGUAGACAGGCCUUUUUUCCACGACCUGUUCUUCAAAAAAACACCCUGCUUGCUGAAAUUAUACUGAAAUCUAUGCAGGAGGACCCCGGUGUGGUUGCCAGUUAUGCAGAACUGGACGAUGUGUCCUGUGAUGUCUGUACUGAGAGCAAAUACCGAGCCGUUCACUCCUGCCUGACCUGCCUGGCUUCCUAUUGUGAGACUCACAUUCAGCCUCACAAGGAGUCUACAGCUCUGAAGGAACACAAACUGGAGAAGCCGAGCAGAAACCUGAGACAGAAACUCUGCUCUGAACACCAGGCAGUGGUGCAGCUCUUCUGCCGAACCGAUCAGAAGUGCGUCUGCCUACUGUGUGUAGCCGUUAAACACAAGAAUCAUGACCUGGUGGAGAUGGAGAUGGAGAAAGAGGAGAAACAGAGACAGCUGGUGGCAGUACGAAGAAGAAUGACACAGAGAAUUUUGGAGAAAACUGAGAAAGUGGUGGAAAUGAAAGAAAACGUAAAGCACCUGAAGAUCUGUGCAGAUACAGAAGUUUGGAGUUGUGAGGAAACCAUUGAGAAGCUGAGGUCAAAAAUCACUGACGUGAUUAGAGAUCAUGAACAGAGGGGGGUGAAUAAUGCUAAAGACCAAAUAAGAAGACUGGAGAAGGAGAUUGAAGACCUGAAGAGGGGUGAGGCUCAGCUGGCAGAGCUCUCAACAGUACAUGACCACAUCCACUUUCUCCAGAGGUUUCCAGCACUCCAUACCUAUUCUCAAGGUGAAGAUGCACCCACCAUCCCUGUCAAUAGGAAUUUGCUUCCCGAAGCUCUAAGAAUGGACCUGUCAAAUCUGAAGAAGCGUCUGAAGGAGAUCUAUGGGUGGAUGCUAAUGAAAACCACACACUCUGGAGCUGAAGCUCUGAAUGAUGAAAAGAUAAACACUAACUGCAGAAAAGACCUUUUAAAAUACUUUUGGGACCUUACAUUGGACCCUAAAACAGCGCAUAAGAACCUCUGUCUCUCAGAAGGGAACAAGAAAGUGACUCAGUGCACAGAUUCCCCAGAAAGAUUUGACUCGUGGGAUCAAGUGCUAUGCCGGGAGGCUAUGUCGGGGGCUCGCUGUUACUGGGAGGUUGAGUGGACGGGAGACUGGGCCGCAAUAGGAAUUGCAUAUAAAGGAAUUAGGAGGAAAGGAAAAACUUCCGAGUCCCUCCUAGGAUGCAACAACAAGUCCUGGCGCUUGUACUGUUCAGAUACUUGCUACUCUGCACGCCAUAACAACAAAGUGACUGAAAUCGUUUCCCCCAAUAGUCACAGAAUUGGUGUGUACUUGGACUAUCCGGCUGGUUCUCUAACAUUUUACAGCAUCUCAGACACAGUAAGCCUGCUGUUCAGGUUUGAGGCCAAAUUCACAGAGCCACUCUAUCCUGGCUUUUAUGUUACUGGUAGUGUAACCAUCUGCCAGCUCGACCAAACUACCCCAUGAGUGUCAGACAGAGCACAUUUACCCACAUCUCCUCCAUACAGAGUUCUCAUAUUAUGCAAGCAUUUUAAAACAUAGGAGAGUCUGACCUGGCUGAGUAAAUGUCUGUUAGAGAUAACUAAAAGGUGAGAAAGUCGGUGCUUCUUCAAGCUUACCAUAAUUCUUAAUGCUCAAAAAACAAAUUCUUUAAAUGUGCGAUUUUUUUUUUUUUUUGAGAUGUGAUUUUAAGUUUCAAUUGGUAACACUUUUGAGUUGGAACUACCUGGGACAUCAGUCAAUCAGUUACUAAUAGUGACAAACAAAAAAGAAAGUUUCAAUUUGCAAAUAAUUUUCAUAAAAACAUAAGAAAUUGGAACAUUAGAACAAUCU